GUUUUAGUACUGCUCCUUUUAGUCUCUGAAGACAUAGAUAUUACUCUAAUAUCUAUGCUGAAGAGAAUUCACAAGAUAUUCAGUUGUCGACAAGCCAGUAAGUGUUUUUAUGGUGACCCUCAUUUGUCAACCUAUUCAACCUUCUUUUGAUUUUCUACUGGGAAAGAGAGUGCCUAUGAGUCUCCCUCUAUCCUCUCAGAGCAAGAGAAAUUAGCAGAAACCAAUUCUCUAACUCCAUCAGCCUCUCCAUUACAGAAGGGCCAAACCUCACAAUUCAUAAUUCUAGUCUCAACUCAACUGGAUCAAAGCUCAAACCAGUCUGUACUCUAGAACAAGGCUGCAUUUCUCCUCUAACGUGUGUGGGGGUCAAUACAAGUCUCCUCAACGAUAGUCACAUGACUGGGGUCUUCGAGAAAAGGGUUGUGGUCAAUGUCAUGUCAGCAUUAGAUUUUGGGAAAAAGACGAGUAAUGAAAAGUUUUUACUGGCAUAUAUCCUGCGAGUGUUGCUGUACUACACUGGUAGAGCUGUCUUUGAUGUGGACACAUCAUUGAGUAUUGAUAAUCUUACAAUCAUCUUAUCCAAUAUGACAGGACUUUUACCAUUAACAAAAGAGAAUGAUACUAGUGAAGAUACCAGAUCUAUUUACAUUGAAUGGGAGUUUGAUUCAACUUGGUAUUUCUUGGGUGUAAUCAGUAUGGGACUCAGAGUAAUAAUACUAAAGAGAACUAGCUCCUUUACUAUUUUGGCAAAAUUAGCUUCUUUACUAUUUUGGCAAAAUUAAGGGAUGUAAUCAGAAAUCUUGUUUUAAAAUUAAAGACAGAUCUAAAAUAUUAAUUGUUUACCAUGAAUGCGUUAUAGUCUGAUCUCUGCAAACCAAUGCUAUAGGUUAUAAUGCUUAUAGCUUCUCAAUGCCACUCUCAAUCAUUAUGCACUGUAUAAUUCAUGAUAUCUCAUUAUGGCUUGGUGCUUUGUUUUAACUCUUAUCACUUUCAGCAUGAUAAUGAUAUCUGCCUGUAAUUGGUUUUUAUAAAGGGAGAUGUUUUGUUAUGGCAUCCAACUUGGUUUGUUUGAUUUCGUUAUGCAUGUAGAAGGAAAUGAGUGCUAGAUGCAUGGGCAACCAAUUGGAUAUGACUUUUUUUGGGAAUUCGGGAUGCUUGUAUGUUGUGUUAUUAUAAUUGAUAUACACUGCGUUCGAGUACAUGUACUAGAUGCAUGGGUAACCAAUUAGAUCUGACUUUUAUUGGGAAUUUGGGAGGCUUGUAUGUUGUGUUAUUAUAAUUGCUAUAUAUACACUGCUUCUAAGUAUACUUACUCUGUUCAGCUUAAUUGAUUUGCCUUUAGUCCAAAUUUUGCUAAGAAUACAAGGAAGACAAACAUGAAAUGGUUUCAAAACAGGAGAGCAAGGGUAUAUAAGUAUUCAGCUCACGCUUACUGAAUCAUUAAACACGAUUCAAAACUACCAGUUCAGUGAGAAGAAACCA